CCGUAUUUCUAGGAAGGGUGCCGUCGAGUAUAUCGAGCGGCGUUAGAGGCCGGUCUAGUCGCAAAGAGAAGAGAAAGAAGCGAAACGCGACAGGCGUUCAGCGGGCGCUCCGUUGCUAGCUUGUCGGCGCCGAAAUCGCCAUGGACGUCUUCACCCGGUUGUCUACCUGACAGGCACGCUGGGGAAUGAGCACCAAAGAAGCCGCCUCAAGCAGUGCGUCCGGCACAGAGCCAUGCAACAUGAGUGAUUACCAAACAGAAGAGCGCAAUGAAGAACAAUCCUACAGGGUCACGAAAAAAGCGGACAUUCGCUUUAACAUGAUGACUUUCAGGUACAAAAAGCGAAAUGAGGUGGAAGGCCCGCCCGGCCAAACGAUACCCCCGGCCAAUCAGAUCCAGGCUCAGCUCGAGGACGGCGCCGAGCCAUCGUGGUUCCCUUGGCUGCGGUCGCCUAUGCAACUGCUCCUGUUCCUCGUCUCCGGCCUGCUCCACUUCGCCAUGGGGCUCGUCGUGGCGCGCUCGUUCCUGAUGCCGCACUUCGACGACGUGUCAUCGAAGCUGGCAUCACCACCGGACAGUCCGCCCCCAAAUGGAUGAGACCUGAACGCGCCAGUGUGUACCGCAUGGUGUCUCGAAUGGUGCAAAUUCUUCACAUGACAUGAAAUAAAAAGGGAAAAAAAGAAAUACAAAAUCAA